GGCGGGACGCUUAGGGCGGGACUCGAGUCCGCCCCCAACAGAGGUCCCUCGCGGGCCCGCGUCCAGCCAUGAAGUUUCGGUCCAAGAUCGUGGACGCGGCGUGUCUGAACCACUUCACUCGAGUCAGUAACAUGAUAGCCAAGCUUGCCAAAACCUGCACUCUCCGCAUCCGCCCCGAUAAGCUGAACUUCAUCCUCGCCGACAAGGUGGCCAAUGGGGGGGUGAGCAUGUGGUGUGAACUGGAACAGGAGAAUUUCUUCAGUGAAUUUCAAAUGGAAGGUGUCUCCGCAGAAAACAAUGAGAUUUAUUUAGAGCUAACAUCGGAAAAUUUAUCUCGAGCCUUGAAAACUGCCCAGAAUGCCAGAGCCUUGAAAAUCAAGCUGACUAAUAAACACUUUCCUUGCCUCACAGUCUCUAUAGAGCUGUUAUCUGUGUCGAGCAGUAGUCGCAUUGUGACACACGACAUCCCCGUAAAGGUUAUUCCUAGAAAAUUGUGGAAGGAUUUGCAAGAACCCGCAGUCCCAGACUCUGAUGUUAGUAUUUAUUUACCAGUCUUGAAGACUAUGAAGAGCGUUGUGGAAAAAAUGAGGAACAUCAGCAAUCACCUGAUUAUUGAAGCAAAUCUAAAUGGAGACUUGAACUUGAAAAUAGAAACUGAAAUAGUGUGUGUCACAACUCAUUUUAAAGAUCUUGGAAAUCCUCCCUUAGCCUCUGAAAAUGCUUCUCAAGCUAGAAAUCCAGAACAAAUGGCUGAAGUGCACGUAGACAUUAGGAAGCUCCUACAGUUUCUUGCUGGACAACAAGUGAAUCCUACAAAGGCCGUGUGCAAUAUUGUGCGUAACAAGAUUGUUCAUUUUGAUUUGCUCCAUGAAGAUGUUUCCCUGCAGUAUUUCAUCCCAGCGUUGUCAUAGCACCGCUUCCCAGAUUUGGGAGCUCAGGGACCCCUGUCAUGACGGGGAAGGCAGGAUGGUGAUGUGUUCUAAGUCACUUGUCUGUGUCCUUGCGGCACAAAUCCUAUACAAGUUACUUAUUUUUCCCUCUAUAAUAUUUUAACUAAAAAUUGAGUUAAUGAAACACAGUUGGAUAAACAUAUUACUUCAU